UGAUUGUUAUGGUUUCUCAUGUCAUGUCAAGUUUAACAUAUUGUGUGUCGUGUACCACAUUAGUGUAAUUGAUCUACCCUAACGUAGUAAGUCUGCUAAUCGAUCGAGUAUUGAGCUAAUAAAUUAGGACGUUGGGCAACCAAAUUAAUGGAUAAGCCGCUAAUCCUUUCACUAGGAAAGGAGAAAACAUGACAAGAUGGUUUCGGAUGACCGACAGAGUGGUAAGGAGUUUGAAUAUGUGGCCCCAUUACCCAUAUGGCCAAAGGCACAAGCCCCGUGAGGAGGCUCGUUCACUUUCUAUACAAGGAGCCUGCCUUACCCUGUUUUGGCUCUCUCUCUCUCUCUCUCUCAAUCUGUAUUCACUAUCACAUUAUACCAAGGCUGACUUUGGCUUCAGAGUGCCUUUUAUAUAAUGUUGUAAAAGGACCAUGUACAUGAUUUUAUUAAUAAUAUUCAACAUUUUUGUCCAGCAACAGAAUCUGUCGGUGUCUGUACUCGUCCUUUGUUAGGCUGACAUUGUUGUUGUCAAUCCUUCCACUUGGUCUAUGGUUCUUGUUCUAGACUGGUACAAACUCACUGCUUCUGGUCUAAUAUAGAAACUUUUUAAUUACUUAUUUUCGAUGCCCUGUUUUUGAAUUAGAUGGAUUUUGAAUAUUCUUCUAGGGUGAGAUUGAAAUUCUAUAAUGAUCGGGCUUUCCCAAGCAUUACAUAAAGCAAUUGUGUGACUACGUUAUCCUCUUGAAAUCUUAACUUACUUGAUGUAACUUAUUUAUCAUCAUCAUGUCAUCCCAAAGUUGUUUAAACGUUAUAUAUUCUCUGUUUAACCAAUAUGUCAUCCCAAAUAAAACGGGGUUUCUGUCAUAUGCAAUGGACUGUGGAUAAUGAAGAACAAAAAGACUAUCAAUGUGGAUGCGGUAUUUCCUUGCAUUACUUAGGAGAGGCAUGGAACCCUUAUUCCAGGAAUAUAUGUUUCAAACUGGUUUUAGGCUCAUUGUGACUUUAUUUUGACUGUGUUCAUUGUGGCUUUGGCUACAAGGACUUCAUGUCAUCAAGGACUUCAUGAUUCAAGGAGACUUUGACAAAGGAAAUAGAUGUAUGCCCUUGCUUGCUACUUUUUUUUAUCUCUUCUCAGUCUCGGCUACUUUUCCAUUAUCUAUCCAUUGCAGGGAACUUGAUGCAAAAGUAUAUAUGGUCGUACUUUCAAAAAUGAGAAUUUUAAUCUGUCUCGGACUGGACCAGGAGCUGUUAGCAUGACAAAUGCUGGUCCCAACACUAACGGGAGUCAGUUUUUCAUAUGCACUAUCAAGACACCGUGGCUGGAUCAGAGACAUGUUGUAUUUGGCCAAGUUUUGGAAGGCAAGGACAUUGUUAGGUUGAUUGAACCACAGGACACAGAUUGUGGUGGUCCUCCCUGAAAGAAGGUGGUUAUCAGUGACUGAUUAUCAUCAGAACUGUCAAGCUAUCAGAAAACAAGACUUUGCAUGUGUAAACAUAACACUAUCAAAGAAUGAAGCAGUUACUUGGAUGGAUGCAUAGAAAACUUCGGCAGAAUAGCACUGAACCUUUCAAAGACCUGGUCACUGGGCAGGCAACAUCAGUUGAUGAGGAAAACAACUACUAUUACUAUCUGAAACCGAAAUUUGGGAGCUGCAAAUAUGUGAAACAAACUCAGAAAGAGCAGUUUAAGCUUAGAAAAUCUUUCGAAGCAGUUGGGAGUGGUAGAGCAGUAGAUGAGGAAGAAGAUAAGGAGGCAUGGAGUGGUGUUUUCCCCGGCUUCCUAGCAAUUGGAACUCUUGGUUUGGAGACAGAUCCAUCACCACUAACACCAUCAUUUUCCAUCUCCGUUGAGAAUAUAAUAACUGAAAGGGAAGCUGAAGUGACCGAGAAAGAGCUGAAGGUGAUCAACAAUGAGCUAGAGAAAGUUCUUGUGCUAACCAACAACAAUGAUGAUUCAUCUGGCAGAAACAGCCAUGUAAGCACCGCAGGGAGAAAUAGUCAUGGACGCAUCAGCAUAGAAUCAAACUCCAUUUGUCCACUUCAGGGAUAUCUCUUUGGAUCCGCAGUUGAAUUAUCAGAAACAAAAACUUCUUCCAUAUCAGUGUCAAAGAAUAAGGAGCAGCAACACCACAGCCAGAGAACAACACUGGCUGAGCUGUUUCAGAGAAGCAAACAAGCAGAUCAGGACAAUCUUGUUGGUGCAAAGGAUGAUACUGACAAAGAAAAGGAGGAGGCCAAUAAAUCUGCCAUGCAUCUCAUGAGAAAAAAGCUCAAGAAAAAAAGGGCACAUGCUUCUUCCCAGACCUCUGUUGAUUCAACUUCAGCAGACAGAAAACUGCAUAAUAAGAUUCUCCAGAUGUUUCACCGGAAAGUUCACCCUGAAAAUCCAACAUGUGCAGAGAAGUACGAGAAGAAGAAAAUUAUGAAUGAGGGAGGCCACAACAAAAGUAACAAAGUUGAAGAGGAAUCUAUAAUGAUACAGCCAAAAAGAGCAGUUGGAAAGGAAAACAUAGGACAAUGCAAGAAGAGGCAACUCCAAAUUACCCUUGGCAGUGGCAGUGAAGAUUCAUCUGAGAAUAUGGAGCAGUGGAUCAAAACAGAUGCGGACUACUUAGUGUUGGAGCUCUAAAAGGCAAAGGGCGAACGGAAUUGGGCUCUCUCCGCGAGCAUCAAAUUAAUAUGAAAGAUAUGAUCUUCAUGGGAAGACUAUGCAUUGCCAGUAAUUGGUUUUGUUUUUCUUUAAUGUGUGUUAAUUUCAAACGUAGAACCUUAUGUUUUGUGUCUUUAGUUAAUUAUUUGAGGUUGUUGUUUAAGAGUGUUAAGAGUCUUUCCAGAUAUGGUUUCACAAGGAUGAAUGAAGAAAAAGAAUUUCUAUGA